UUACUGACGACUCAAUAUCUUUAUUUUAUUGUUCUUUCCAUCCACCAACCACCAACGACCACUGCCACCAUCACGAAGCAAUUGCUUGUCGAGGGUACACAACCACCAUCGUCUUUAUUGAAUAGUACUGUACAGGAAAGCCACGCAGUUGCUGCAGUUCUGUUCCGUGUGUCUGCUGGGCUGAGUCGAUUGAUAUACUCAAGUUUGCUACGAGGUGCCGAAGGCUACCGUAGCCAGCGUGGAGACAGUGAACGCUGGAUCCAAGUAUUACGCAUCAUCCCAACAAGAAAGCAACAUGUCAAUAUUUUCAAGUGGUGAUCCUUUGAAUGCAAUCGUCUGCGAUGUAGGUCAAUACGCUACAAAAAUUGGUUUUGCAGGAGAGGAUUAUCCUCGAUCAUAUUUCCGGUCGAAUGUGGCUGCCAUUCGAGAAGGCGACGAUGCAAAUGCCACCAAGACCACAACAAGCAUCACCAGUACUAGCGACGACCAGAAGCAGAAGCGCCGACCGAUUGUGGAUUUGAAGUAUGAUUAUUAUAAUCGCCCUAUUUGCAGCCGUUCGUCCGAUCCCAAGGAGUGGCAUGAUGGCAAUUGGGAAACUCAAAAUCCAGUCGACGCCACUACUGGAUUGUCGUACGAUCCCCACAGCUACAACGAAAGUAGUAGUGGAGGAGCCGACUGGUACGAUCAAUUGGAAUUGAUGGUACGACACGGAUACAAGACAUCCCUCGCCAAUGCUCAACCGGAGAAUCACCCCUUUAUGCUCGUGGAAAAAUCCUACAAUCCACCUCCGAUACGACAACAAACACUCGAGUGUCUCUUUGAAGGAUCAUUGCAAAUGCCCGCCGUGUUCUUAGCCAAGGAUGCCACCUUGGCAUGUUAUGCCUGCGGACGCACCACGGGGACUGUUGUCGAUAUGGGAUACGGUGGCACCACUGUGACACCUGUCUAUGAGGGAUAUGUUGAAACCAAAGGCAUUCAUCGGAGCCCAAUUGGAACAUUGGAGAUGGAUGAACGCAUCCUUCAAACUAUUGAUCAUUUUGGCCACAAAAAGCAACAACCCUUCCUUCCACUCUAUCAAGUCAAGCACAAAUCCACACCAAAAAGAGCUGAUCCUUUUCAUCAUCUUGCACGAUUGCAUGUGGCGCAAGCAUGUCGUGAAGAAGGAGUCGGGGCGGCUGUUGAUACCACAAGCACAGCCGUUGCAUUUGCCGCACCCAAUGCACCCUUUACGUUGCCCGAUGGACAAAUGGUCAACAUUCCACCCAAUCAUCGAUUUGCAGUGGCCAAUCUACUUCUCGCCAAGGAAGAACAGGAGCGGAGACAAGAAAUUCUGCAAGCACACAAGAAGAAAUUAUCCUCCUACAUCCAUGAUACCAAUAACGACAAGGAGACAAAGGUCUUUACCCAAGCGGCUGCCGUUGGGAUUUCUUCCACCCGUCGUGGUCGGAAACGACAAUCAUCUCCCAAAAAAGAAGAAACCACCCAAUCGAAAACAUCAUUUUCCAAUCGACUCUUGCAACAGGCAUGCGUCCCCUAUUUGCAAGCGCACUUGGAGGAACACUUGACAGCAUCACCUUUGCCUGCCAUGGUCUGUGAUUCGGCCUAUCGAUGCGAUCGAGAUCAGCAACCCCAGUUGUUGGGCAAUGUCGUGCUGGCGGGUGGAGGAGCCUGUUUGGGUCCCACGGAACAGGCCAUGCCCGAUUUUUUGCGGGAGAAGGUCGAAUCCAUCAUUCAUGCCCAUACACCGGGGUGGAAGGUCAAAGUGUUGUCACCCGGUAUACCCGAACGGAAAAUUUGCAGUUGGCUCGGGGGCAGUAUUCUGGGGAGUCUCGGAACCUUUCACGAAAUGUGGAUCACCCGGGCCGAGUACGAAGAGUAUGGCACCGCCAUUGUCAAUCGAAAGUGUCCAUAAAGUUUCUAAUGAAACGAGUGAAUUUUUUGGAACAUUUGGCUAGUAGAUACGAUAAUACCGGUACCAGAUAGUGGCACUUAGAACGAGACAGUUUGACCUGCACAUGCUCGCUUGGAUUCGGGGCCCUUCCUCCUUGAAUGGACUGGCAAUGCAUUAGCUCUUAGGCACCAUUGCUUCAUGCUUGCUACCGUACAGCAAACCUCUCUGGCUUCGUUGGAGAGAAGAAAGCGAGCUGCCGUGCAACAAUGACAUGCAUGCUCAGCGAUAUUAGCCAUUUUCAAUAAAAUGAACGCAGAAAUAGUCAUUUCACCAAAAAACAGAGUCACAACGUCACAACCAACCAGAAAAUUGAAUCGAAUCGAUUCAUUAUAAUUUUAAAAUAAUUGAAAGUCUCUUUGUAUGUCCUCUACUAGAGUACUGUGGUUCGGUUGCGACGUUGCAAUUGUUGUGGAUUGGCAUGCCUUUGU